UGGUUUUGGUUUUUUUUUUUUUUUCCCCCCCCGGUGGUGUUUUUUUGGCGGCGCCGGCGGAGCGGGGAGGGGUACGCUUUUCGCAGCUUCUUCGCCUUUUGCUUCCUGGGGUUCGUGUUUCCCGGGCGGGCGGAGCCGCCCCCGGCACUGAGAAGAACGGGGGCUCAGCGCACCGCGGCGGCGCCUCGGCGGGUUUUGUUUUUGCACUGAAUGUAGCCAGGACGGAUCCUUGUGGGCUUUGGCAGCCCUUGGAAACUGUCAAAGGCAGUAUUUUGCAUUUCUGCAGAGCUUUGCACAGAUCCUGUUCCCAUGCAAACUGAUGAGGGAGAAAUACUGGAGGAAGGCAGUCCCAAGGUCAGUGAGAUGGAACAUGAGGAUUUUGUAAUGGAGGGGCAUGGCAAGACUCCACCUCCUGGUGAAGAAAACAAACAAGAGAAGGAGCAAGAAAGGGAAGAACAGUUAAUGGAAGACAAGAAAAGGAAGAAAGAGGAUAAGAAAAAGAAGGACUCUGCUCAGAAGGUCACAGAUCAAAAAACCAAAGUGCCCGAAGUGACGAAACCAAGUUUAAGCCAACCAGUGGCUGCCAGCCCAAUUGGCAACUCUCCAUCGCCACCAGUCAAUGGUGGCAACAAUGCCAAAAGGGUGGCAGUGCCGAACGGACAACCGCCAAGCGCCGCCCGCUACAUGCCUCGGGAGGUGCCGCCGCGAUUCCGUUGCCAGCAGGACCACAAAGUGUUACUGAAACGUGGGCAGCCCCCUCCGCCAUCCUGCAUGCUCCUUGGGGGUGGAGCAGGGCCUCCCUCCCCAGCAGCACCAGGAGCAAACCCAAACAACGCACAACCAGUGACAGGAGCACUGCUGCAGAGCGACAGUGGGACUGCAACAGAUUCAGCAAUUGGAGGUGCUGCUGCUUCAAAUUAUGCAAAUUCCACUUGGGGUCCUGGAGCCUCCUCCAACAGCGGCACCAACGCCAACCCAACUCACAUCUGGGACAAGGUGAUUGUAGACGGGUCUGACAUGGAAGAGUGGCCUUGUAUUGCCAGCAAAGAUGCUGAGUCUUCUUCCGAAAACACCACCGAUAACAACAGUGCCUCGAACCCUGGCUUGGAGAAGAAUGCUCUGCCAGGAAGCACCACUAGUAACAAAGGAAAAGGAAGCCAGUGCCAGUCUGGAAGCGCUGGAAACGAAUGUAAUCUUGGGGCCUGGAAAUCUGAUCCCAAGGCUAAAUCUGUUCAAUCUUCCAACCCUGCUGCCGAGAGUAACAAUGGACUAGGUAAUUGGAGGAACUUGAGUGGACAAGACAGAAUCAGUCCCGGUUCUGGUUUCAGCAACUUUAACCCAAAUAGCAACCCGUCUGCUUGGCCAGCACUGGUUCAAGAGGGCAAUUCUAGGAAAGGAACUCUGGAAUCUGAUAGUGGUAGCUCCAAUGCACAGAUUAGCACAGUAGGUCAGACCUCUAGGGAACAGCAGUCAAAGAUGGAAAAUGCGGGUGUUAACUUUGUCUCUGGCAGAGAACAGGCUCAAAUUCAUAACACUGACGGACCAAAAAAUGGAAACACUAACUCCUUGAACUUAAGUUCACCAAACCCUAUGGAGAAUAAGGGAAUGCCCUUUGAAAUGGGCUUGGGGAACCCUUCCAGGAGCACUGACACCCCUUCUCAAAGCACUGGAGAAAGAAAGACUGGGAGUGUUGGAUCUUGGGGUACAGCUAGGGGGUCUUCUGGAACUGAAACAGUCUCUGGGCAGAGCAAUUCUGGAAACCAUGGGAACAAUGGAAAGGAUAGAGAGGAGUCCUGGAAAGGAGCUUCUCUUCAAAAACCUAAUGGGUCAAGAAGUGAUUCUUGGGAUAACAAUAACCGGUCUACGGGUGGUGGGUCUUGGAACUUUGGCCCUCAGCAUACAAAUGAAAGCAAAUGGGGUGAAGGGAACAAAUUAACAUCUGGGGUCUCUCAGGGAGAAUGGAAACAGCUGUCUGGGUCUGAUGAACUGAAGAUUGGAGAGUGGAGUGGUCCAAACCAACCAAAUUCUAGCACUGGAGCAUGGGACAAUCAAAAAGGCCACCCUCUUCCUGAAAACCAAGGCAAUUCCCAGGCUCCCUGUUGGGGAAGAUCUUCCAGCUCUGCAGGAAGUGAGGUUGGAGGUCAAAGCACUGGAAGCAACCACAAAGCAGGAAGUAGUGACAGUCACAAUUCUGGACGCCGAUCAUACAGGCCUACGCAUCCUGAUUGCCAGGCAGUCCUGCAGACUUUGCUGAGCAGGACUGACUUGGACCCCCGAGUGCUUUCAAACACCGGCUGGGGCCAGACUCAAAUUAAGCAAGAUACCGUGUGGGAUGUUGAAGAGAUGCCACGACCCGAGGGGAAGUCUGAUAAAGGAACUGAGGGGUGGGAGAGCUCUGCCACACAGACAAAGAACUCAGGGGGCUGGGGCGAUGUACCCAGCCAAAGCAAUCAAAACAAGUCUGGAUGGGGUGAGCUCUCAACCCCAACGGAGUGGAAGGACCCCAAAAAUACUGGAGGAUGGAAUGACUAUAAGAACUCCAAUUCUUCUAACUGGGGAGGAGGAAGGCAAGAAGAAAAAUCAUCUUCCUCUUGGAAUGACAGCUCUAGUAAGGAUCAGGGGUGGGGUGGACGGCAAAGUAAUCAAGGAUGGUCUUCUGGAAAGAACGGUUGGGGAGAGGAAGUUGACCAAACAAAAAACAGUAACUGGGAAAGUGCAGGAAACAAGCCAGUGUCUGGUUGGGGUGAAGGUGGGCAGAAUGAGAUUGGAACUUGGGGUAAUGGUGCAAAUACAAGCUCUGCUUCAAAGGGUGGAUGGGACGAUUGUAAAAGAACUUCAACAUGGAAUGAGACGGGUCGACAGCCCAACUCCUGGAACAAGCAGCAGCAGCAGCACCAGCAGCAACAGCAGGAGUCUUCUGGUUCCUGGGGUCCACCGCCCCAAACUCCAAGUAAUGGGCGGCCUCCAAACCCAAACUGGAACAACGGACCACAGCCAGCUGCCCCCAAAGAGGAGGAGCCUAGUGGCUGGGAAGAACCUUCUCCACAGUCAAUCAGUCGAAAAAUGGAUAUUGAUGACGGCACUUCAGCAUGGGGAGAUCCUAGCAGUUAUAACUACAAGAAUGUGAAUCUAUGGGACAAGAACUCUCAAGGAGGACAGGCCCCACGGGAGCAGAGCCUGCCUACUCCAAUGACUAGCAAAUCACAAGCAUCAGUCUGGAGCAAAAGCACUCCACCUGCUCCAGAUAAUGGUACGUCCGCCUGGGGUGAGCCAAAUGAAACCAGUCCCGGGUGGGGUGAAGUAGAUGAUACAGGAGCAUCGACUACAGGCUGGGGGAAUGCACCUUCCAACGCCCCGAAUGCCAUGAAAUCUAGUUCUAAAUCUAUGCAAGAUGGCUGGGGAGAGAGUGAUGGGCCAGUGACAGGAACACGGCAUUCCAGCUGGGAAGAGGAGGAGGAGGGAGGAGUCUGGAACACAGCAGGCUCUCAGGGAAGCAGUUCCUCCCACAACUCAACGAGCUGGGGACAAGGAGGAAAGAAAACACAAAUGAAGUGUGCAUUAAAAGGAGGAAAUAGUGAUUCGUGGAUGAACCCUUUAUCCAAACAGUUUUCAAAUAUGGGCUUGCUAAGUCAAACUGACGACAUUCCAGGCAGUAAGAUGGACUUGUCUGUAGGUGGUCUCCCAGAUAAGAAGUUUGAGGUAGAUAAACGAGCUGUGAAUCUCGGGGAUUUUAAUGACAUGAUGAGAAAGGAUCGAUCUGGGUUCCGUCCACCUAAUUCCAAAGACAUGGGAACCACAGACAGUGGGCCUUAUUUUGAGAAGCUGACUUUGCCUUUCUCCAAUCAAGAUGGGUGCCUUGGGGAUGAGGCUCCCUGCUCUCCCUUCUCCCCUUCUCCCAGCUACAAGCUGUCUCCCUCUGGUUCCACACUAUCCAACGUCGGCCUUGGGGCAAUCGGCUCAGGGCUCAGUCCCCAAAACUUCGCUGCUAGACAAGGUGGCAAUCAUGGUUUGUUUGGAAACAGCACAGCACAAUCGAGGGGCAUGCACACACCAGUGCAGCCACUAAAUCCUUCCCCCAAUAUCCGGGCGCAAGUGCCUCCCCAAUUCCUUUCUCCCCAGGUUUCGGCCUCCAUGCUCAAACAGUUUCCUAACAGUGGCUUGAAUCCUGGUCUUUUCAAUAUGGGCCCCCAGCUUUCUCCACAACAGAUUGCCAUGCUGAGCCAGCUUCCACAGAUUCCCCAGUUUCAAUUAGCUUGUCAGCUCCUCCUGCAGCAGCAGCAGCAGCAGCAACAGCUGUUACAGAGCCAGAGAAAGUUAUCUCAAGCUGUGCGACAACAGCAGGAGCAACAGAUUGCUCGUAUGGUGAGUGCCCUCCAACAGCAGCAGCAGAGGCAGCCUGGCAUGAAGCAUUCGCCAUCCCACCCUGUUGGGCCUAAGCCACAUUUAGACAGCAUGGUACCAAAUCCUUUGAAUGUGGGUCUCUCAGAUUUACAGACCAAAGGGCAGAUACCUGGAUACGGUUCAGGUGGCUUUGGCUCAAGUGGCAUGGAUUAUGGCAUGGUGGGAGGGAAAGAGGCUGGAACAGAAUCCCGCUUUAAGCAGUGGACUAUGAUGGAAGGGCUGCCCUCUGUGGCUUCACAAGAUGCCAAUAUGCACAAAAAUGGUGCAAUAGUGCCCCCUGGAAAGGCUCGCGGAGGAUCGCCCUACAACCAGUUUGACAUAAUCCAGGGCGACCCGCUCAGCAGCCAUACAGGCCCUGCUGGUGAUAGUUGGUUACCUGCCAAAUCUCCACCAACAAACAAAAUUGGAAGUAAAUCCAGCAAUGCCAGCUGGCCUCCAGAAAUUCUGCCAUUCAAGAGAGCAGUAUUGUUCAGCACAAAGAUAAAUGAAGUGGUGCCCAAUCAAACUGAUAUCACAGCUGGAGAGUUCCAACCAGGAGUGCCAUGGAAAGGUAUACAAAACAUUGACCCUGAGUCUGACCCCUAUGUGACCCCUGGAAGUGUGCUGGGGGGGACAGCCACAUCUCCCAUUGUAGAUACUGACCACCAACUUCUGCGGGACAACACCACAGGGUCUAAUUCUUCCCUCAACACCUCGCUGCCUUCACCUGGUGCCUGGCCCUACAGUGCCUCUGACAAUUCCUUCACCAACGUUCAUAGCACUUCAGCAAAAUUCAGUGAUUACAAAUCAACAUGGUCCCCAGAUCCCAUAGGACAUAAUCCCACUCAUCUCUCCAACAAGAUGUGGAAAAACCAUAUUUCCUCAAGGAACACUACAGGGCUGCCCCGCCCACCUCCUGGCCUGACCAACCCCAAACCAUCAUCUCCAUGGAACAGCACAGCACCCCGAUCGGUCAGGGGCUGGGGGGCACAGGACUCGAGGCUUGGCUCUGCAUCUACUUGGAGUGAUGGUGGCUCAGUUCGUCCUAGCUACUGGCUGGUUCUUCACAAUCUCACUCCACAGAUUGAUGGGUCAACCUUGAGGACGAUCUGCAUGCAGCAUGGCCCACUGCUGACAUUCCAUCUGAACCUGACCCAGGGCACCGCCCUCAUCCGAUACAACACCAAACAGGAGGCGGCCAAGGCCCAGACUGCACUGCACAUGUGUGUGUUGGGAAACACUACCAUCCUGGCUGAGUUUGCCACAGAUGAAGAGGUUAGUCGCUUUUUGGCACAAGCUCAGCCCCCUACACCUGCAGCAACCCCGAGUGCACCCGCAGCGGGCUGGCAAUCCCUGGAGACAGGACAGAACCAGACAGAUCCAGUUGGACCUGCUUUGAAUCUCUUUGGUGGGUCAACAGGGCUUGGGCAGUGGAGCAGUGGUGGCGGCGGCAGCAGUGGGGGUGAUCUCACUGGCGCUUCAUUGUGGGGGCCCCCAAACUAUUCUUCAAGCUUGUGGGGGGUCCCAAGCGUAGAGGAUCCACACCGAAUGGGCAGCCCUGCUCCCUUACUACCUGGAGACCUUCUGGGAGGAGGGUCGGAUUCAAUCUGAACUUAGAACUUUCAACUCUGACCUCGUGACCUUUUUUGGAACAGCAGCAGCACUAACUUGACCUUUUUCGUUUUUUUCAACUUGCAAUAAAUACAUUUAUAAAAGGAAAAAAGAAAACGGAGAAAGAAAAAAAGGUGGGUCAUUGACAGACUGUCUGAGCACAUAGUUGCCUCCCUUAUAUAACUUCAGUUUUUUCGUUUGGAAUAUGAAUCCAAAAAGAGAACAUAUCACUCUUGAAAUACUUGAAUCGUGAACGCCAACUUAGAAAGACAAUGUGAAGCAAGUACACAUACCAUUUAAAUUUAAACAGAAAAAAUUAAAAAAAUUAGUUUCUAGUUUUUCACUU